AAAUCAAUGCCCAUUGCAUCUAAAAUGGAUAUGGAAGAUGAAAACAUUGAAACCGUUACAGUUUGCAAGCUGAAUGAUAUUGAGAAUGUUGAACCAACGCCUAAUCCAUCUGAAGCUAAUAUGGUAGCCAAAAUCCCAAAAACCCUUGAAGGUUCUAUGAAUGUCACUGGAGAUAUUGUUCUAAUGCCUAGUACAUCAAAAAUAUCUAUGGAAAUCAAAAACCCUCUAUUUUAUACACAGACAAAUACUACCCCAACUAAGCUUAUUUUAAGAAGAGUCCAAAAGCGAUUGUACCAGGAGGUUUCAGAGAAUGAGGAAGCCUUCCCAGAAGAAGAUAGUGAUGAAUAUAUACCCAACUCAGCUGAUUGCAGUGGUGCGAGUACUUAAAUGGGUCACCUGUUAAAAAAGGA